AUGAAAUUGAGGCAGAUUAUUAAGGAGAAUACUAGACAUGAAGUCAAAAAUAUUAAACUCAAGUCGAGAGUCAGAAAGCUUGAAGCCAAACUUGCAAUAUUGGAGCAGUUUAAAACUAUCGAAGCAGAUCGAAGAAGUACCAAAGGUAUCAGAUCAAGGAAAGACAUUAAAGGAUAUAGAGAUACAGUAGAUACUUUUUUAGAUGAAGUUCAAAAGAAAAGUAUUAGCAAUAAGAUUAGAAAAUGCAAUAGAGAAAAAAAACUUAGUAAAGCAAGACAAGAACAAAUAUCAUUACAAAAAAUAUCUAAUACUGUUGUCUCUAGUAUCUCUUCUUCUGAAAAGCCUACAAGUACAAAAAAUGGAAAUGAAUUAAUUCAAGAAAUUUCUCACAACAUUGAUGAAUCUAAUACUUUAUCUAUUUAA